AUGACUUACACUCUCUACGACGCCUCAGUCCCCCUCCUCCUCGCGGGCCUCAACACCCUGCUCAACCUCCUCACCAAGGCCGAGGAGUACGCCGCGGAGAAGUCGAUCGACGCCGCCCAGAUCCUCGACUGGAAGCUCGCCGAGGACAUGCUGCCGUUCUCGUUCCAGUACCAUGUUGCCACCGACAGCGCCAUGAAGAUUAUCACGCGCGUGCAGGGCACCGACCCCGAGGUGUUUGGCAAGGACUUUGCCGGCAUCGCCGACCUGCGCAAGCGCGUCGAGCACACGAUUGCCCUCGUCAAGGCCGCCGACCCCAAGACCUUUGAGGCCCGCACCGACGCUCUCGUGCCCCUCGGCCUCGGCUUCGGCAAGGGCGAGAUGCAGAUCCGCGCCCGCGACUACCUCGUCGCCUACGGCAUGCCCAACUUCUUCUUCCACAUCCAGACGGCCUACAGCAUCCUGCGCGCCAAGGGCGUCCAGCUCGGCAAGGGCGACUACCUCGGCCCCUUCAUGGGCCCUUUUGUCGAGGCCCACCAGAAGCAGCAGCAGCAGUAG